CCGGGCAACACAGGAUACAGGCUCUCCCUCUCAAUCAUAUCUCGAACUGGAGUCGCAGUGAGGAAACAGCAUGUCAGGGAAGGAAGCGCUGAAGCCAGUGGGAAAGAACAGUUUGCCCCAAGCUUUUUUCUGACCAGCUCCUUGGUCUGGUCUGAGGAGCAAGAUUAGAUUUGCCAGAACCGGAGAGUUUACCUUUUUUUUUUUUUUUUUUUUCCUUUUUUUGUAAUUGGGGAAAUAGGUCAAAACAGAAAAGGGGCUUCCAGUCAAGCAGUAGAAACUGAACCUGCACUUGGAUACCAACCACCAUCAUAAUCUGGAUUGGCAUACAUAGGAGAACCACAUCAGGAGGAAACUCUCCAGAUUCUCUUCAUCUGCUGCCACUGUCCAACUGCAGGAGAGAGAGGGUUACCACACGUCCACAGAGACAAUGAGUCUGUCCAGGAACGGGACUUUGGAGAAGACGAUGUCCGAGCACGCGCUCUCUGACGCUCGCUCCCCCUCCAGAGCGACCUCGGGGGUGGUGGUGCCCCCUCCGUACUCCCUGGGAGGCAGCGAGGGCCCGGACACGCCCCUGGAGCUGAGGGGGUCUCUGGACUGCUGGGCCUGCUCCGUCCUGGUCACAGCACAGAACCUGAUCAUCGCCCUCAUCAACGCCCUCGUGGCCAGCGUCGUGUUCGGCACCAUCCUGACGCCGGCGCUCACCAUGAUCACCUUCGGCUUCCUCUGCCACUCCACCGUGCUGCCCCACGGGACCACCCUGUACUGCUCGGACCUGCUGGACGACGCCGGCUGCGUGGCGCUGCUGGUGGUGGGCUUCCUGCUGUUCACCCCUCUGCUGGUGCUGGCGCUGGCGGCCUACUGCCGCCUGGCCCGCCACCUGCAGCUGGGGAUGUGCUUCAUCCCCUACAGCAGGGCCGUGUACAAGAACCUGCCGGCCUCGCGGCGGGGGGGCAGGGCGGGGGGCUGCUGCGGCCAGCAGGGGGCGGUGGAGAGGGAGGGCAAGGGGAGCGUCUGGGUGUAGGAGUGAGGAGAGCUG